GGAGCUCAGUCCGCAAGCUCUGUCAACCUUGGCCUUACACAGCUCUUAUUCGCAUAACAUCGUCUUUUCUCACUCUUGUGGUGUACUUUGUACAGUUACUUAAUCAAUAUUCCCUGUCACACUGUUCUUGUUCUCUAUCUUACAGUGAUCUCCUAAGCUCAUCAUGGAGCCCUACGACGACGGAUUUAUUGAGGAGCAGGAAGAACAGGAGGAAGAGCGCACCGAGGAGAAAGUCAUUAAUGAAGAAUACAAAACCUGGAAGAAGAAUGCGCCUUUCUUAUAUGACAUGAUUCUUAGUACGGCAUUAGAAUGGCCUACUCUUACAACACAAUGGCUACCUGACAAGCAAGAGGUUCCCGACAAGCCGUAUUCAACUCAUCGAUUGCUGCUUGGUACACACACCUCAAGUGACGCGCAAAACUAUCUACAGAUUGCUCAUGUGCAACUUCCCAACCCUUCGGCUCCUAACCCGGACGACUACGAUGAGGAGCGUGGGGAAAUUGGUGGCUAUGGCGGUAGCUCUAAAAAGGCCCCGAUGGAAAUUAAGUUCAAUAUUGUUCAAAAGAUUGAUCACAAAGGCGAAGUAAAUAAGGCGCGGUAUCAACCUCAAAACCCCAACGUGAUUGCCACCAUGUGUACAGAUGGAAGGGUGAUGAUUUGGGAUCGCUCGAAACACCCCAGUCUACCUACGGGCACAGUGAACCCUCAAAUGGAGCUUCUAGGUCACACGAAGGAAGGAUUUGGUCUUAGUUGGAGCCCACACACCGCAGGUCACCUCGUCACUGGUAGUGAAGAUAAGACUGUUCGACUCUGGGAUUUAACCACGUACACGAAAGGCAAUAAGGCGUUGAAGCCAACUCGCACAUACACCCAUCAUUCGUCGAUUGUCAACGACGUUCAGUAUCACCCACUUCAUUCUUCUCUCAUUGGCACAGUGUCCGACGAUAUUACCCUUCAAAUCCUUGACAUACGAGAAGCGGAAACAAGCCGUGCGGCAGCUUCUGCGGAAGGCCAACAUCGUGACGCAAUCAACGCAAUUGCGUUCAACCCUGCUGCAGAAACCGUUCUCGCGACAGGUUCAGCUGAUAAAUCCAUUGGCCUCUGGGAUCUGCGUAAUCUCAAGACUAAACUGCACACACUCGAGUGCCAUACCGACUCCGUAACCUCCUUGUCUUGGCACCCAUUCGAGGAAGCUGUCUUGGCGAGUGCAAGCUAUGAUCGUAAAAUUAUGUUCUGGGAUCUUAGCCGGAGUGGCGAGGAGCAAACUCCUGAUGAUGCACAAGAUGGACCCCCUGAGCUCCUCUUCAUGCACGGCGGCCAUACCAACCGUAUCUCCGAUUUCAGCUGGAACCUUAACGAUCCAUGGGUUCUGUGUUCUGCCGCUGAAGACAAUUUGUUACAGGUAUGGAAGGUUGCUGAUGCCAUUGUUGGUAAGGACUUGGAGGAUGUGCCAACUGAGGAAUUGGAGGCCUGAUUAAUUUCAUCUUAAUAUCCAAUAUCUCGAGGGUUUUAUUACCUGAUGCGACAGUAUCCCGGAAUCUUGUACAAGUGCUGCAGAUAGGACGAAGAUAUCAAUGAGAAAGAGUCAUGUGAGCUUGAAGAUCCGCUGUAUUGAUAGUCAUUACCAGAAGAACAGUAUUACAGCCUGACCACACUUCCUGAACACUCGCGUAACCAAUGCAUUUUAUCACCACUGCGGAGUACUGCUUCGCGCGAUAUUACGUCUACACUGGGGAUGCUACUACUUACCAUUUCCGAUAAUGCCCGGUUUCUCCCGCCGCUAUUUCUCUGCGCCCAUAUACGCACCAGAAGAAGGGUCAUCCAUUAAGCAUGAAUGUGGUGUAUGGCCUGAUCGACUUUAGGUACCGCCCGCUAGUUAACUGAGCAGAUUGUUAUGUUGGGUUGCAGGACUAGUGUAACUAUAUGGCGUCCUUACUAAUACUAAGACUU